AUGAAAUCUCGAAAGCUACAGUUGUGUUCGUAUUCAAUUUUUUCAGCAAGUUUAGGACCAACAUCGGUAAAAUAAUCAUCAAAAACAUUAACCAGUUCAAUAGUUGAUGUAACUGUUUUCUCUGGUAGAUUAAUUUCGUUAACAAUAUUUUGCUUCUGACUUCUUCCUAGUAUCUCAUUAACUGUUUUCCACGCAUAUUUUGGGUUCGUUUUGUUAUUGAGGAAUUUUGUUGCAUAGUAUUCCCUUUUAGCAUUUCGCAAGGCAAUAUUUGCAGCAUUUCGAGAUGACUUGUACAGCUUCCAAUCAUUUUCAUUAUUGGUUUUUAUUGCUACGCGCUUAAAGUGGUCUCUCUGAAACAGCUUAUUUUUAACACUUUUAUUGAACCAGGGAACAUUACCCUUUUUCCUUAAUCUUUUUAAUCUCUUCGGUGCGUGUUUGUCAAGCACUUGAAGAAAUAAGGUUUUCCAGCAUUCCCACAUUUCAUCCACGUUUUGUUUGCAGUCAAGCUCUACCCAUGGAAGCAUAUACAAGUCACUAAGAAAGCUUUCAACAUUGAAUUUCCUAAAGUUUCUAAAUUCAACCGAAUUUUGAGAAUUUCCUUUAAUCACGGAAUUUAGUUUACGUGUUGCAUAGAUUAAACUAUGAUCACUUAUACCGAGAUGCACCACGCCUGAUUGAAUAAUUUUAUCCGGGAGGAAGAAAUGCAAACAUCAAGUAAUGAUUUUGUAGAUUUAGUAACACGUGUAGGAUCAUCAAUUAUUUGUGUUAAUUGGUACAGUUGCAUUAUUUCCUGGAGCAUUUUAACAUUCGACAAAUUUGAAUCGAGUAGAUUACAAUUUAGAUCACCUAACAUGUAAACUUCUUUGUUUUCAUCAUCCACUAAUUGAAUUAGCCUUUCAAUUUUUGAGAAAGUCUCAACAGUUGUAUUUGGAGGUCUAUAGACACUCGAAAAAAUGAAAGACUUACUAUUGGCUUGUUUUAUUUCCAAACAAACGGCUUCUAGAUCGUUUGGAAUUAAAUCUGGACGGUUUUCAUAGUUUACAUGACACCUAACGUACAUACAUACUCCCCCUCCAUUUCGUUUUCGAUCAGAGCGCAGUAUAUCGUAACCCUCGAUACUCAUAAGGUCGUCCGAAAUGGAGGAGUCAAGGCGAGUUUCAUUUAGUGCCAAGACAUCCAAUUUUUUAUCAUGCAAUAGCAGGCGAAUUUCGUCAAGGUGUUUCGGAAGGCUAGCUAUAUUGAGCAUAGCCAUUCUAAAACCUCUUAAUUUAGGAAUAUCUAAAACCUCUCAUUCUAAAACCUCUUAAUUUAGGAAAAACGUAAAAUUUUGACUUCAUAUAACUCGUUAUUCUUUCUUUAGUUCGCUGCUGCAUUUAAUGCUAUACUAACCGAAAAACAGAAAAGUAAUACCUUCCAAGAUACAAAUAAAAAGAAACCAGUCGCUCAGAAUAAAGAAUUAUUCUCACCUGUAAGUAUAAGUAAAACCACAAUAUAUUAAGUGCCUUAAACCAUGCAUGAUCAUCAUCACUUAAUUGUUAAUUUCACAAUAAUAGUUGAUUGUGGAACAACGCUGUUUCACAUUUUAUUGUGUGAACGGCAAGGUUCAAAUACUUGCAUGCAACCAAUGAGAAUGCACAUUUGUUUUUAUUAGCAUCCAGAACUCAUAGCUAUAAACCUCAUGCAUGCAUAGAUUUUUACGACUGGAACAAAAUACUGUAUCUGAUUAAUCUGAUCUAGAGAAAACUAUUUCAGUAUUGCGUAUAGUUGCAAAUCUUUACUUUUGCACAUGCAGAUCACAUCGAAAACAAAAGGUCCUGUUUCUGCCUGGUUACAAGACCUUGCUGGAAGUAAACCAUUGACUGCCCUUGCGAGUAGAAAGGUAUGUAAUCCUGCUAAAUUGUGGGUUAUUAACCAUUCAAUCGUGUAUUGAUACAGUAGAAUAGGUUACCGGUGUGGUAUGAGUAUCAUGAUAAAAUUGAUAUAAAACAUGUCAUUCUUUUACAGAAUAAUUGGUUGAUAUCCAUGCAUAUAAAAUUAUGUCCAAUGAUUAUCAUUGUCUGCUAUAGCCUUUAAUAGGAUCUCUAAAUUAUAAAUCAAAUUUUUAUGGAUUGAAUAUACCCAUGUAAAUAUCACAGGUGUUUUUGUUGUCAUUUUCGGCAUCAUGCUGUUGAAAAAUCGAAAUUAAUCUAAGCCAUCCCUGAUCCAAAAGAUGAGAGGUUGAACAACUUAGGAACUCGCAAGAAAGUAUAGUGAAAGUAAAAAUCAAAGAAUUCUAACUCUGUCAUUCCGACUCUGUCGUUUUCAAAGAGUGUAACUAAUUUGUAAGAUCUUAAAUUGUUUUUACAAUUUUUUAAAAAUAUAUACUGUACAGUAAUAAACCAGACUAUAAUCUAAUUUUAUACUGACUAUAUACGUACAUUAACGUACUGUGUGAAGAAAACUAAUAAUUACAGGCAGUGUUAUUCUGUUACAUGAAAUAAUUUGUUUGACAUCAACAGGUUCCAGUUUUUAACAAAAAAGAGGAACUGCUGAACAGUAUUUGUGAACACAAUGUACCACUGAUACGGGCCACUUGGUUUAUUAAGGUAAUAGUUAUUUCCUUUGAACUCAGAAUACAGUAUCUAUAAUUAUAUAUAUAUAUACCUUUUCAGUUGCGAUAGCUUGGGUUGAAUAAUUUGGCUGAUUUUUUUUUCAUUUCAAUGUUGAUUUGGGACGUCAUAUCUUAUCCAUACAUGUGAAACACAAACUUUAUAAUACUAAAGACUGAACAUCUCUUAGAGUAUAUAGGUUUCCAUUGUGAUCUGUUCUAUUGACAUACAAUGUAAGUUUUAUAAUUAUAGAAAAAUUGCGAAAUAUAUGGAGAAACAAAAUUCUUCAAUAAUACAUCUUUAUUUUCACUGCUCAUGCGCAUGUAGUUUUGAUACUCAGUUUGUACUUAGAAUGGUGUACUUUGUCUGGACUGAGGUGUCCGUUGUCUCAAGCUUUUUAGUAUGAGGAUUUCCAGGGCUUAAAAAAUAAAUCGGGAAUGCCGUACGAGGUUGUACGCUCUGUACGUUUAAUCGAUGUUGACGUACGAUUUUGUAUACUAGUUUUCCUAUAAAAUUCCCGUAGCAGAGGUUACAAUGUAUACUGGAAUUUGUUCAUUUUUAUAUUAGAUGACAUCCGCACACCAAAUGGCUUUAAUAUCAGAGUCAAGAAACAAGAAACGACAAGCUAGUGAUCCAGCUCAAGGUAACGGCCAUGUCAUCUUCUGAUCAUGUUUCUUUCACAUGCACAUCAAAGUGUAUUUUUAGCGAUGUAUCUUAAAAACGUUUUUCGACUAUACUUAUACCGACCUCUUGCUGUCAUGGCAAGUACUAGUUAGUCGUGAAAAUUGAUCUUUCUCCCAUUUAUCUAACAAAAAUAAAUCACUCAUUUGAAUUUUGCACAUGUUGAAAAAAGAUGAUUCAGCAAAUCGAAUACUGCAUGGUUUAUGUAUACCGUAUUUUACUAAAUACCGCAAGUUUGGGAUGAGAACUUAAAAUGAUUAGCUAUUCCUUAGAGCCUGUUCACUCCAGUCCAACAUGUUGGAUUAACAUCAUCCAAGGUAUAUAUUGUUGGAUGGAACAUUGUUGGUAUGUUUAAGCAUUAUGUUUGGCAGUAUUAAAGAUGUUGGAUCAGGUUUAACUUCAUAAUUUCCAUCCAAUAUCAUCUAACAAUUAGCCAUUCCGAAGUUGAUGAGUGGACUGGGGACGAGUGUUAAAAGUGCCCAAAUUAAGAAAUGAACCAAAUCACUAAAAAGACCACCUCAAAAUUAGUAAGUAUACAAAGUUUGAAGACGUUUACAUGAAUACCCUUCGAAUAAUAAGUUUUCGAAAAUCGCGAUAUUUACUAUGAAAUGUACUGUAAUUUUUGGUUUUGGGGACGCGCGUCCCCAAAACAGUCUUUUAAUCAGUAAUUUAUUAUUCGAAGUAUUCAUGUAAACGUCUUCAAAGUUUGUACACUUACUAAUUUUGAGGUGGUCUUUUUAGUGAUUUGGUUCAUUUCUUAAUUUGGGCACUUUUUAACACUCGUCCCCAGUCCACUCAUCAACUUCGGAAUGGCUAAUGUUGGACGUAGAAUCGAGUUUGAACGGACCUGCAUACUUGCCCAAUCAGCAAGCUGAAGAAAACUUGCAUACCUACUCUAUAAUAAUUUUGACUGAUUAAUCUUGAGUUUGCCCUUGAUGUGUAAGCAAAAUAGCCGUGGAGGAAAACAAAUGUUAUUCUCACAAUUUCUCUGUGAAUGCAUAUAUACAUCUAUAGUCCAGUCCCAGAUAAACAUAUUGUUGAAUGAGCGAGAUAUUUUAAUUUGAAUGGGAAGGCGACUCUGGAAAACCAGGUUUUUUGUUUGGAGCGCUGACAUACAGGUGCUGUACCAAAAAUCAGGUCGUUGUGGUGUGUUAAAGAUCAUGUACAACAGUUCUACUCAGGGGAGUGGAAAAAUCAUAUCUUGAUGAACCAAGGCUAUGUGGAAAAGAAAAUAAAGCCUCCAGCAUCUUAUAAAAUUGGCCCUUUAGAUGUCGUCUACCUCAUAGGACCUAGUCCUCGCCAGCUAGUAUUUACAAUUUUAGAGAUUUGAUCGGAAAUUAUGUCCGUAAUUUCUGGUCAUUGACUUUUCUGUGAAUGUAAUAAUUUAAUAUUUUAAUGUGAUAUUAAUGUAGAAUGGACCAGCACUAUCACAAAGUACCUGAAAGACCAGUUAAACAAAUUGAACGAUUAUCACCAGUCCUUUACACGAAUGACAACUGAAACUGAAUUACCACAGAAACAAUGGCAUUAUACAGUACGGCUUACUGAUUGGCUAUAUGAGGUAAACAUCCUUUUUGUUCUGGGGCCGUUAUUUAAUGUGCCUAUGACACGAAAUUUCACCCCAAAUGUUUAUGAUUGCAUUGUAAAGAUCACUUAAAAUGACUUAAUAAUUUCUUUUAUAGAAUUUUGGUAACUUGCUCCCUUUUCAAGAUAUUCAACUUUGUUUCAUAUUCAAAUAUCACCGGUGUGACAUCACAUCGCAUAAUGACAUUUUGAAAACGCAAUAUUUUACCAUGAUAAAAUAUUUUUACAAACAAAUACAGAGGGUUAAUUACCAGUUAUGAAAUUAAUACAUACACAAGGGCAAUUUUUAAGUUUUUUAGAUACGUAUUCGUCAAGAAAACUAUACUUUUCUGAAAACUCAUUAUGCGAUGUGAUGUCACAUCGGUGAUAUUUGAAUAUGAAACAAAGUUGAAUAUCUUGAAAACGGAGCAAGUUACCAAAAUUCUAUAAAAGAAAUUAUUAAGACGUCAUUUUAAGUGAUCUUUGCAAUGCAACCAUAAACCUUUGGGGUUAAAUUUCGUGUCAUAGGCACUUUAAAGCACGAUUAGCACUAACCGGCUGGGUUAAAUCCCCAAUUUGGUUUGCGAUAUUCUGCACGUCUUUCAGAAAUUUAGAAAAUAAAUAUUGGAUUGAUCCAGAUUUCUGGGAAAAAUUCAAGUUUAUGUUACUGUAGCUGUUCCGAAGAUUGAUUUGACGCUUUUGUUGAACCUAGGAUUGUACUAUUAAACCAGCUUUCGAUAGACUGGCCCUUCAUGUAAAGUAAACAAGAGUGAAUUUGUGUUUAAUUAAUCCAAUUUGUGUAGUGCUUGUUUUCCAUAUUGCACGAAAAACAAUUCUAUAAUAUGGCGUGCUAAAAUGGACAACAUUAUACUACAAACACUCGAAUAUAUAAAGCGAACCAUUUUACGUAUUUGUAGACACCAGAAACAAUUAUUUAAGUUAUUUUUAGAACACAUAUGCGUUUUUGUAUAUAAAAUGCAAUAUUGCAAUAAAAUAAUAAGAAAAGAGAGGCCAGGAGGCGGUGGAUAAGUAGUUUCUAAAAAGAUACAUGCAAUGGUGCAUGUUGAUCCUAGCAUGAAUUUUGUCAUUUAAACACGGUCGAAGAGUUGGCAUUGUAAGAGCGUCGAGAAAUUUCGGGAUGUACAAAAUACAAUUAGUACAUUUAUGACGUUAUUCAAUAAUAUAAUUGUUGUAUGUUUGCUAGGAGAAUCUUUUAGAUCGACAGGAGUUUUUUCAUUGGGUUGUCGAGCAAAUGGAUAAAGUAAAGAAUGACGAUAUUAUUUUGAAGCUAAUACUACCUGUCGUACUCAGG